GCCUAAGGUCCAGGAAGGGCACAAUCUGAUCUCAGGACCAACCCACACAGACCUGCCUGCAGCAGGCCACCGCACCUGGAACUCCGGCUCCCCCAGGCUUCUUUCCCAAGACUUGGUGAUGAGGGGCAGGGGUGGGGCUUGAAUCAGCCUCUUCUCCCCCUCAAGUAGCUGUGCCUCAGGGGAACUGUGGCUGCCACAGGUGCAGGAGCAGUUCCCCUCGACUGGCCUAAAGCACACAGGCAGGGGCUGCCCAAAGGGCCCAGCAGUGAAGGCUACUGGAGCCUAUCUCCGGCAAGGCUGGGCAGGAAGUGGGGUGGGGUUUGGGGUGGAAUCCGAUACCCCAGGACCGCUGCAACCUAGAUUCAUCAACCUACUGAAAGAAGAUGCCUGGGGGUACAGGAAUUUUCCCAGCUCCGCCGCCGGCCACCGUCCUCCUCUUCUUGCUGUCUGCAGCUUGUUUGGGACCUGGGUGCCAGGCCACCCUGUUGGUGCACAAGGGCCCGACGUCAGUGACAGUGAGCACCGGGAGCGAGGCCCACCUCGAGUGCCUGAACAACGGCAGCAGCAACUCCACCGUCACUUGGUGGCACAUCCUCCAGGGCAACUAUACGUGGAGCCCUGUGCUCCUGGGCGAGGGCAAAGGCCGCAAGGGGGAGUGGGUCAUCCCGAAUGUGAACAAGAGCCACGGGGGCAUAUACCGCUGCCGAGUGGAAGACCAAGGGACGUUCAUGCACUCCUGUGGCACCUACCUCCGAGUGCGCGAGCCACCCCCCAGACCCUUCCUGGCCAUGGGAGAGGGGACCAAGAAUCGCAUCAUCACAGCGGAGGGGAUCAUCCUGCUGUUCUGUGCAGUGGUGCCUGGGACGCUGCUGUUGUUCAGGAAGCGCUGGCAGAACGAGAAGUUUGGGGUGGACCCCCAGGAUGACUAUGAAGAUGAAAAUCUUUAUGAGGGCCUGAACCUCGAUGACUGCUCCAUGUACGAAGACAUCUCCCGGGGCCUCCAGGGCACCUACCAGGAUGUGGGCAACCUCCACAUUGGAGACGUGCAGCUGGAGAAGCCAUGACUACCACCCGCACACAUCGGGAAGCCCCUGCCUGCUGUGUGCCCCCACCCCCCAGUGCCUCUUCUUACUCUCCGGGACCAUCCUUUUUCCUCCUCCCCCAGCGUCCCAACCCCCACCUAAGCCAGUCCGCCCCCUGCUCUUUCCCAGGCUCCCUCCCCAGUGGGUAAUGAGGCCUUAAUCGCUGCCUCUAGGGGAGCUGAUUGCAGCAGCCUCUUAGUGUCACCGCCCCCCCAUCUGUCACGGCCACUUAGUGAUAAUAAAUCCUUCCCAACUGCAGACCUUGGCGGGAGUCAUGGAUCUCAUGAGGAUGACUCCCUCCUUCCCUGGGACCCAGCCUAGGCCUCCUCCUCCUCCAGACCCAGGAUUGUGUGCCCAACCCCUCCGCUACCCACUCCCCACACCUGGAAUCAAAUAGCCAGUCUUAGUCUCUUCCACCCCCUAAAAAAACAGGAAGUCCCUUGGGUAAGUCCCCACCCCAGUAAAAGGGCUCCUCUACACUGCCCCACCCACACCCUGUCUCUAAGCAAAGAGAUUUUUUUGAGAUAUGGUUUUGAUAUGUAGUUCAGGCUGGCCUUGGAUUCACUAUUUAGCCCAGCCUUCCUUUGAACUCACAGAGAUUCUCCUGCCUCAGCCUCCCAAAUGCUGGGAUUUCAGACAUGCGCCAUCAAACCUGACAUUACCAAAAUUUUUACAUGUAUUCAGCUCUGGAAACGGGACUAUGUUGUGGGAUGGUAGUAAAAUCCCCCACGGGUUGACCUGCA